AUGGAAUUCUUCAACGAUGUCGGGGGAGAUCCCCUGAAGCCCACCCUCUUUGAGCUCGUUGCCCAAGAACAGCUGAGGGAUCUGCUGCAACCCGCUCUGAAGUAUGUCUUAUCGGUCUUCGCCCAACGAUACCCACGCCACCUCUUAAAGGUAGUGAAUCGGCAUGAGGAGUUCUAUGCUAUCCUCAUGUUCCUCGUAGAGCGGCAUUACCUUCGCAAACAUGGUGCUUCUUUUGCGGAGAAUUUCUACGGCCUGAAGCGACGGAGAAGACCUCUGUUUGAGACAGAACGUGCGCGAACUGCAGUUCCAGGCGUCCCAUCUGAAGAAAGCCUGCGAAAUCAGGACAUAUGGAGGUCCUUGUUCUUUCUCAUUGGAUUUCCGUACCUGCGUACGAAAGCUCAAGACUACUUUGAAGAGCUAGGCGGUGGUGUUCAGUCUGAGGUAAUCGAAGAAAGUCUAGCAAGUAGACAGCUCCGAGCGUUGACUCAAGAAACUUUUGCGGGUCGACUACGGAGGAUAUACAAGACAGUGUAUCCUUGGCUUAAUACAAGCUUGGAAGUAUGGCUCCUGGUAUGCAAUAUCGCAUAUCUGUGUAACCAAACUCCAUUCUAUCGACCAUGGCUUUCAUGGAUCGGGGUGGACAUUCGCCGCGUUGGAAUGGAUGAUUUGCAUGCUGCACAGCGGACACUGAAGCCACAGUCACCCGUGAGUAGGUCACGCGGGCUGUUGGCGGGUCUACGACGGCUACUAUUGUCAUCACCACGGCUGAUGCUCGACUCUCUGAGCGUUCUCCUGCCUACCGCCAUAUUUUUCAUCAAGUUCUUGGAAUGGUGGUAUUCGCCCUCUUCACCAGCGCGAACGCUGUCUUCGUCACCGCUAGGACCAGCGGUGCCGCCGCCACGGAUGUGUCCGCCUCAUCCGCAGGGGAUUGCGUUGGACCACACAGGCUACGGCUCAUGCCCACUCUGCCGCGAAGGCAUAUCGAACGCUACUGCGUUGCCCUCAGGCUAUGUGUUCUGCUACCGCUGCGCGUUCGAGUAUGUCGAGACACAUAGAAAAUGUCCUGUAACAUUGUUACCCACGCAGGUGUGGCAGCUCAGAAAGAUACUGAUCUGA